UCCGUGACAAGAUAUGCGGAACUGCUCCUCCUCCUCCUCCUCGGCAUGUCAGUGUUGUGGCUUCCUCCUACUCACUGAAACUUCUUGAGACAGGUUGACAACACGUCGCUGUCGGGGCGGACACACAGACAGCAGAAGUGUGUGCGCUGCGACGCGGGAGGCACAAGUGUUGAGUCAGGAUGGACACGAAGGAGCGCAGGAGUUGACGCCAAAUGGUUUUAUGAAGAUUGUGACUCUUUAUCAAACCACUGUUGUUCAGUGUUUAUGUGAAGCAGGCGUGUAUUUUUUUUUUUUUUUUUUAGAUAAAAGUUUGUCUUAUAUAUAUAUAUUUUUUUAAUUUUGUGAGUGCUUUUAAUUGUCCGCUUGAGGCCAAUCCAGUCCGAUAAGAAUAGAAAUACAAUGAGGUUCAACGGGUACCUGAAGCUGCGGAUCGGAGAGGCGGUGGCCCUGAAGCGGACGACCUUCUCCCUCCGCCACAGCGUCAUCUUCAACAAAGGCCCCUCGGCGCUGGACCCGUACAUCGUGGUGAAGGUGGACGACUACAAGAUCGGACAAACUCACAUCAAGCAGAAAACCAACGCGCCGACGUACAACGAGGAGUUCUGCCUGAACGUGAACGACGGGAGGCAAAUCGAGAUGGCGGUCUUCCACGACACUCCGAUCGGAUACGACGACUUCGUGGCCAACUGCACCAUCCAGUUCGAGGACCUCAUGAAAACCUCCAACUCGGGGGAGAUAUUCGAGGGAUGGAUGGACCUGGAGCCAGAGGGCAAGGUCUAUGUCCAUAUAACACUCACUGGAUCUUUCAUUGACGACGAUGCCAUAGUGAAGGAGAAGACCUACAAGCAGUUUACGAGGAAGCGUCAAGGGGCCGUGAGACGGAAGAUCCACCAGGUCAACGGACACAAGUUUAUGUCCACGUUCCUCCGUCAGCCCACCUUCUGUUGUCACUGCAAAGACUUCAUCUGGGGUGUUUUUGGAAAGCAGGGUUACCAGUGUCAGGUGUGCACCUGUGUGGUUCACAAAAGAUGCCACCAGCUGGUCGUGACCGUGUGUCCACGCAUGAAGAAGCCAUUAAAAGAACAGCAGCCCACAAACCAAGGCUUCAGCAUCAACGUGCCUCACAAGUUCAACAUCCACACCUACAAGUCGCCCACUUUCUGUGACCACUGUGGCUCACUGCUGUGGGGAAUAGUCAAGCAGGGGCUGCACUGUAAAAUCUGUAAAAUGAACGUUCACAUCCGCUGCAAAGGCAAUGUCGCACCGAGCUGUGGGGUCAACAGCGUGGAGCUGGCCAAUAAGCUUGCAGAGAUGGGUCUGCAGGCAGGAGGACUCUCUAAACGUAACACAGUGACCAAAAGUGACAGUCAGACGAGGGCGCCCUCUGAAAGGAGGGACAGUACAGAAAGUCAGCAGCAGACACCUCGGCUGGGCAUUUCAGACUUCUCCUUCCUUCAAGUGCUUGGCAAGGGCAGCUUUGGCAAGGUGAAUUCUCAUCUGUGUCUGCAGGUGAUGCUGGCGAGACUUGAGGCCAAUGAGCAGGUCUUUGCUGUCAAGGUGUUGAAAAAGGACAUCAUUUUGCAGGAUGAUGAUGUGGAGUGUACCAUGACAGAAAAGAGGGUGCUGUCACUGGCUCACUGUCACCCCUACCUCACGCAGUUGUACUGCUGCUUCCAGACACGGGACCGUCUCUUCUUUGUGAUGGAAUUUGUGAACGGUGGCGAUCUCAUGUUUCACAUCCAGAAGUCCAGGAAGUUUGAAGAGCCGAGAGCAUGUUUCUACACGGCAGAGAUCACAUCUGCUCUCAUGUUCCUGCACAGCAAAGGCAUCAUCUACAGGGAUCUAAAAUUGGACAACGUUCUUCUUGACAAAGAGGGACACUGUAAGCUGGCAGAUUUCGGCAUGUGCAAAGAAGGCAUAUUUGAUGGUGUGGCCACGGCAACUUUCUGUGGGACCCCGGAUUACAUUGCCCCAGAGAUCCUCCAGGAGAUGCUGUAUGGCCCAUCUGUUGAUUGGUGGGCUCUGGGGGUGCUACUGUAUGAGAUGCUGUCGGGACACGCCCCCUUCGAGGCCGAGAAUGAAGACGACCUUUUCGAAUCCAUCCUCAAUGAAGAGAUUGUCUAUGCAUCUUGGCUCAGCACAGAAGCAGUGAACAUACUCAAAGCUUUGUUGACCAAAAGCCCUGCCCGGCGUCUGGGCUGUGUGGCUUCAGAGGGCGGAGAGAGCGCUGUGACCAGUCACGUGUUCUUCGCCGACAUUGAUUGGGAGAAACUGGAACGUAGACAAAUUGAGCCACCUUUCAAGCCCCGGAUCAAAACACCAGAGGACGUCAACAACUUUGACCCAGAUUUUACUCAGGAAGAACCCACCCUCACGCCCAUUGAUGACCCAAUGUUCUUUACCAUCAAUCAGGAGGAGUUUCGUAACUUCUCCUACACUUCACCUGAACUGCUGGAGAGCUAAGAGUCUCCUCAUUGAUCCACCAGUCGUCUUGCACCUGUGUCACUCUUGUCAGUGACUACGGCUUUGUUUAAGACGGUUCCCAGCGGUAUAUGUACAGUAUGACGCUGACAAACUCUCCAAAGAGUUCAAAGGACAGAGCGUUCAGCCAAGCACAUGUUCAACUAGAUCUGGGGCUGCACCUGAUUACUCUUAAGCACUCCUGUAAUUCUUGAAAACGAUGAAGUCACCAGCUUUUGAAAUGACAUUUAUUUUCACGGCAUGACUGGGAUACUUUCAUGCAAGUGUCUGUAUCUGUAUUUGACAUUGUGUUGUAAAUUUGUUUGACAAAGUUGUACAGCAUCAGAAUUGUAUGUGACAUCUGCUUUCAUACAGAUGGAUGAGUUUCAUUCCUGCUACUUCAAAUGAAAAGCUUUUUUUUGGAGCAUAA